AUGGCUUCCAACGGCGAUUUCUCCGAUGAGGGAUCCCAGCCCGGCUCGCCUUUGCUCGAUGCCCACAACGCCCGCGGCGAGAUUGAGGACCAGGAGCCCCUCGAGCAGGAGGAGAAGCCUCUCAAGUCCGCAAUGAAGAAGUCCGCACCGGCCCCUCAACCGAAGCGCCCCGAACUUCCCGAGCAGCCCAACCCGGAGACCCUCGAUCUGUCGAAAUUGACGCCUCUCACGCCUGAGAUCAUUGCCAGACAAGCUACUCAGAACAUUGGCACAAUCGGUCACGUCGCUCACGGCAAAUCUACCGUGGUCAAGGCCAUUUCCGAGGUGCAGACCGUCCGCUUCAAGAACGAAUUGGAGCGCAACAUUACCAUUAAGCUUGGUUACGCCAAUGCGAAGAUUUACAAGUGUGACAGCCCGGAAUGCCCUCGGCCGACAUGCUACAAGAGUUUCAAAAGUGAGAAGGAAAUCGAUCCGCCAUGUGAGCGCGAUGGAUGCACAGGCCGUUACCGGUUGCUGAUGAGCACCAUGCUUUCAGGAGCUGCGGUCAUGGACGCCGCUCUUCUUCUUAUUGCCGGAAAUGAAACUUGCCCUCAGCCUCAAACUUCGGAGCACUUGGCCGCCAUUGAGAUCAUGAAGUUGAACCACAUCAUUAUUCUCCAAAAUAAGGUCGACCUCAUGCGCAGCGAUAACGCCCUCGAGCACUACCAGUCUAUCCUCAAGUUCAUCCGUGGUACUGUUGCCGAUGGCUCGCCUGUUAUUCCCAUCUCCGCGCAGCUUAAGUACAACAUUGAUGCUGUCAACGAGGCGCUUGUGCACACUAUUCCUAUCCCUCCUCGCAACUUCGAGGCUACUCCUCACAUGAUGAUCAUUCGUUCUUUCGAUGUCAACAAGCCCGGUGCUGAGAUCGAUGAGCUCAAGGGUGGUGUUGCCGGUGGUUCCAUCUUGACCGGUGUUGUAAAGCUGAAUGAUGAGAUCGAGAUUCGCCCCGGUCUCGUCACCAAGGACGAGCAGGGGAAGAUCCAGUGCCGUCCCAUCUUCUCCCGCAUCGUCUCUCUCUUCGCCGAGCACAACGACCUCAAGUUUGCCGUUCCUGGUGGUUUGAUCGGUGUUGGUACUCGUGUCGACCCCACUCUUUGCCGUGCCGAUCGUCUUGUCGGUUUCGUCCUGGGCCACCGCGGCCGUCUCCCCGCUAUUUACACCGAGAUCGAGGUCAACUACUUCCUGCUCCGUCGCCUGCUGGGUGUCAAGACCGCCGAUGGCAAGCAAGCUAAGGUUGCCAAGCUUGCUAAGAACGAAGUCCUGAUGGUCAACAUUGGUUCCACCGCCACUGGUGCUAAGGUCCUGGGUGUCAAGGCCGAUGCUGCCAAGCUCAGCUUGACCAGCCCUGCUUGCACGGAAGUCGGCGAGAAGAUUGCCAUCAGUCGCAGAAUCGAGAAGCACUGGCGUCUUAUCGGAUGGGCCAACAUUGUUGCUGGUAACACCCUCGAGCCUAUUCAGCAGUAA